CGCUUUCUCAGUCUCUCUCUCUCUGCACACGCGUAUCAUCUGUCUGUGGAGAGGAUGUUCACCGACGGGUUGGACGAGGGCGCAAUCAGCUGGGUGAAGCAGGGAUCAGAGGUAGGAGAAGCACCUCCUCGCUCUCCUUUAACGGAGAAGCCCAGCGGAGUAGACCCAUUUCCUAAAUCUCCUCUAGGGUUCAGCAGCAACAGUUACAUGUCAACCCACAUUUUACCUCCACUGAAAUUUCACUCGGGUCUUCUCACGCCUCACAGCGUCAUAGCUCCCCAUCUGGGAAAAGGCGAUGACGAUUUGGGAAGUGAUGAGGAAAGUGUGGCUUCUACCCCGGAUGAUAUGGAUUGCUCCUACACUGAUGAAGAAGACGAUUCAUUGAAGCCAGUUCUCCACCGAUACGAUGAGGAAGAAGUGUUUGGCCCUAUGCCCCACGCGAGAGUAACAUCCGGCACGGGGCGAACUUUGAACAGAGGGUUGGCGAUGGAGAAUCUCAAAAUUGAAGUGCCCGGGACUUGUAGAAGACAUACAUCAGAUGGAGGAUUAGGAAUGAGGACCUGUGCUCCGAGUGGUCUGACAUCGGCACCUGCGAGCAGCCAUAUGCUUCGAGAGCGAGUUCUACUACGCAAUAGAAACAUGACUCAUGUGAAUGUUGUGGAAAGUGGCGUAUCAGAUUUGGGGACUCCUAGUGCACCUCCUAUACUGGAUGAUGGAAUUGAAGAGAAGAGCUUUCAAGCUGAAAGUGAACAUGAGGAAGCUUUCAGAGGAUCAGUAGAUGUCGCCAAGACUGGUAAUGCACUACAUUUUUCUGAGAACUCGGAGUUUGUUGAAGAUACAGCAGAUUGGGGAGCAAGUGAAAUACUUGAAGAGAUCGGCGAAAGAGUGAGAAAUACCAUUCAGGAUGAGAAGGAAGUACAGAUAUCGCAUCAGCAGACAAACUCACUGGAUCAUUCACCUUAUUACAGUGCCAGCGGUCAAUAUGCUUGGCAAACACUUGUAGCAUAUGAUGCAUGUAUUCGCUUAUGUCUAUAUGCAUGGGCAAGGGGCUGUACAGAGGCACCUGAAUUUCUGCGGGACGAAUGCCUUGUCCUGCGCAAUGCGUUUGGACUACAGAAGUUUUUGUUGCAUCCAAGGAGUGUAAAAUUAAAAGAAGGGAGCAGGACAAAGAGUAUGCAGUCUUGCCCUUUGAAGGGAAAAAAGAUUGUUGGCAAGAUAAGAGUUGAAGUUAGAAGACUUCGAAUUGUCCCGAGGAGGAAGCUUAAGAGCGCAUAUUCGCAGCGGAGUGCCAUGUAUCUGCAAGCAGGAGCAGAGUACGUCAGACACGUUUCCUCGCUUGUCAAAACUGGAAUGAAUUCUCUUAAACUGGCCUCAUUCACAAUCACACCAGAAGAGCCCCUUGCGUGCUUGUUCCAACUCAAGAGUUCUUCAGAUGAUCCUCAAGCUGAAACCGAUUCUGGAAUUUGCUUGCACCCUGGAUGUGGAGAUUACCAUGUUUUCUUCCCAGAGAGUCAAGGGGAUGCUCUUCUGGUGGAAGUGCAAGAUACGAAAAAGUCCUUCCUUGGUCGGGCCACCAUUCCAGUUUCAUCCUUGACUGACAACCCUAGUGACAAACUACGAUGGUGGCCGAUAUACCAUGAUGAUCAUGAAUGUGUGGGGAAGAUCCAACUUUCCAUUGCUAUCACUAGUACAUCUGACGAGACUCACCAUAUAAAGAGUGGACCUGUCGUGGAAACUUUAGCUUACGAUUUAGUGCUCGAUGCUGCUAUGCGGGCACAACAUUUUCAUUCUCGGAACUUGCGAAUUUAUGGGCCAUGGAAGUGGUUGUUAGCUGAAUUUGCAAAUUAUUAUGAAGUGUCAGAAUCAUAUACUAAGUUGAGAUAUCUUUUGCAAGUUAUGAAUGUGGCAACUCCAACAAAAGGCUGCUUAGAGCUUGUGAAUGAAUUACUUGUACCCAUUAUAAAGGCAAAGGGUGAGAAGAACCUGACAAGGCAGGAGAAAGGUAUUCUCCUGGAUUGUGAAACCCAAAUCGAGGGUCUAAUUGCAAGUGUUUUCGAGAACUACAAAUCGCUCAAUGAAAACUCAGCCACCGGUUUAGUAGACUUGCUUGGGUCAACGCAAGAAUCUGCUGCGCCAGCUCUUGCUCCUGCCGUCCAAGUUUUUACCCUCCUUCAUGAUAUUCUUGCUGUAGAUGCACAGAAUAUGCUGAGGAACUAUUUGCAGACUGCUGCUAAGAAGAGGUGUUGGAAGCAUAUGUUAGAGACGGAUGAAUUCGUGUCAAGCAACUCUGACACUUUUCUAGUUGAUCAAGUCACCAUAUCGACAGCAUAUCUUAAGAUGAAGAAUUUGUGUGUCAAUUUAAGUAAUGAGAUACAAGCAGAUAUCAAGAUCCACAACCAGCAUAUACUUCCAAGUUCAGUUGACCUGUCGAACAUUGCAGCUGCUGUGUACAGUACCGAGCUAUACAGGAGGAUUAGUGCUUUUCUUGCUGCAUGGCCUCCAUCUAGUCCACUGCCACACGUAAAUGAACUCUUAAAGGCCACUGCUGAUUUUGAGAGGAAUCUCGAGUCUUGGAACAUCAGUCCAGUGCAGGAUGGACUUGACUCGCGGAACUUGUUUGACGGUUAUAUUAUGGUGUGGGUACAGGAUAUGCAACAGAACUUGCUGGAACUCUGCAAAGCAGAAAAGGUUCCAUGGUCAGGAGUAAUGACAAAUUAUUUCACCUCGCCUUUUGCGGAGGAGAUGUAUGAGAAAAUGAAAAACGUUCUUACUGAGUAUGAAGUAGUGAUCAAUCAUUGGCCGCAAUACUCUCUCAUUCUGGAAAAUGCCGUUGCGGAUGUGGAACGGGCAAUUAUAAAAGCACUGGAGAAGCAAUAUAAUGAGAUCUUGACUCCGUUAAAAGACAGCAUCCCAAAGAGGCUGAAUAUGCAAGUUCAAAAGCUGACAAGACGACAAUCAACAGCAGUAUAUUCUGUUCCCAGCCAGUUGGGGAUAUUCCUCAACACCAUAAAGAGAAUACUAGAUGUUCUACACUGUAGAGUGGAGGACAUGUUGAAGUGUUGGGCAUCCUACGUACCAGUGACUGGAGAUAAGAAGUCACUGUUCGGAGAACAGAUGAAUGGAAUCACAGUUCUGCUGAGAACGAAAUACAAGAACUACUUGCAAGCAACAGUAGGAAAGCUUGUCAGCCAUAUGCAAGAAAACCGCAGCACACGGUUGAAAAGGAUUCUAGAAGAAACAAAGGAAGAAGAUGGAGAGGUUGAGAUCCGUGAAAGAAUGCAAAUGCUGAGUUCCCAACUCAUUGACUCGAUAACGAACUUAAAUGAGGUCUUCUCAAGUCAAAUAUUUGUCGCAACAAGUCGUGGGCUAUGGGACCGGAUGGGUCAGAUUGUUUUGAAGUUUCUCGAGGGCAGGAAAGAAAACCGAGUAUGGUAUAAUGGAUCGUAUUAUGCUCUUGUGAUAUUGGACGAUACAUUUGCUUCUCAAAUGCAACGAUUAUUAGGAAAUGCCCUUCAAGAAAAGGAUCUUGAGCCCCCUCGCUCAGUGACUGAAGCUCGAUCAAUACUCUGCAGAGACACCGCAAAUGCUGCAGAUUCAUCGAGUUAUUUCUAUGUGUAGCUAUUAUGUCAAUUUUUUGGUUAAUCGGUCAUUUGUUCAUUUUAGCAGAGUGUACAGGACCACAUUUUAGAGCUCAAAUAUCACUAACUUUAUUUUUUGUCAAUAAAGGUUCAUUUUCUUGUUGUUG